AUGUCUGCUGAAGAAGGAGAAGUGACGUUCUCACUGAAAGUGUUGGUAAACAAAGACAAAACUAAGGUGUUAUUUGCAGAAUCCGACAGCAAUUUCGUAGAUGUUUUGUUAAGCUUCUUGACAAUGCCCUUAGGAAGAAUCGUGAAGGUUUUGGAGAAACAUUAUGGAACAAAGACACCUAACAUAGGAUGCUUAAACACUUUCUACAAUAGUGUUGCCAAUCUCGAUAGUUCCCAUUUUUGGACCAUUGGUGCUCAGAAGAUUCUGUCUAAUCCAACUUCUUCAUUCGACUCCGAUUGUUCAAGACUAAGACUUGAUAUUAGUGAUUCUCAGCCUGAAUACUUCUGUAGUUCGUUGUGCAGUUGUGGUAUUCGAUUCCCGAGCGUAAGCAUCUACUAUGAUCAAAUUACCGGUUGCGUUGGUUGUCGAUAUGGUACAAUGGGAAAAGGUUCUAGUAAAGUAAAUCAAGCUGAUCUAGAAGGGGGAGUAUUUGCCUCAGACACGACAACUUUCGCCAUCACUGAUGAUCUGCAGAUAGUGCCUAAUGCAAUCGGGAUCGUGCAAAUGGCCAACAUUCUCAAUAUCACAGGAACAGAAGGGGCUGAGACACUAAAUGUGACAUUUGGCCUUAGUGAGAUUAUGAAUUUGUUCAGGGCAUCAAUGGUUUCUCAUACUCCGUUGUCAGACCUCAUACUCAACAAAACUAGACAGAUGAACUCUGUAGAGAUAGAAUCUGCAUUUGGGACUUCACUAACUCAUAUUGAAAAGGAAGAAAAUCUCAACUCCAAGAAAAUGAUAUUGAAGGUUAUAGUUCACAAAUGGACAGAAAAGUUGUUGUUUGCUCAAGUAAAGCAAGAUUUUAUAGAGUUCCUAUUUAGUUUGCUCACCAUCCCACUUGGAGGAGUUGAGUGUCUGCUCGAAAGCAAGUCUUCUAUCAAAGGUAUCGACAACUUGUACAAGAGUGUUUCCGAUCUUAUAGAUGAUGAGUAUUUCAUGUCUUCAGAUAUUAAAAGCAGGCUAACCAAACCCAAGCUGCCUCAUGGUUAUUUAUCCAAAAACCACAUUUUACCUCUCGCUGAGGAAAACUUACCCGAUUGGUAUAAUCGAAGUAUCUCAAUGUUUUCUUCGGUCAACUUUCCUCAAGGAAAGGGAAUUUAUAUCAAGGGACCAAGAACAUAUCAGGUGAUGGAUGAUUUAACUGUGGUACCUUUCUAUAUUUCCUCGAUCCUUUGCAGUCUCGGUCAGCAGAUGAUUUCAAUAUCUGAUGUGGAGGAACUGGAGAUAGAAGUUGGCUUGGAAGAGGCUUUAAGCAUAUUGAAAGCUUCUCUAACAAUGAAUUCUGCUUUGACCAACGGUCUACUGAAUCACACCUGGAGAAAACAACCAAAGAAAGAAACAUGACUCCAAUCCCUGGUUUUCCAUCCCUCUUUGCUUGUGUCUUUGUUUUAAGCGGUUGUACUUGCUUUGACCCUUGCAUUCUCUACUCUUUUGGUGUGCAAUU